UAGGUCCUGCUAUUUUGUAAUACCGAAUGAACUGAUCCCCAGCUACCAAAGACAGAGACAACAGUGAUUCUCUUCCCAGAGAGACUCUCAUUUUCCUGGAAUUUCUCUUAAAGUAGACCACAUUGUUCAAGUCUACAACUAUUCUUUUUGAAGAGGGUCUUCAUUCCUAUCUGGACUCCUAUUGCAUGAGCUCAUCUGCCUAAUGAAAGCAAUUCACUUAUUGACUUUCCGCUUACAGCUUACCUCUUCCUUGCAACGUCGAAAAAACAACACUUUUCACCCGCUGCCGGAGGUGACGCCUAAGAAAGAGGUUUCUUCUUGGUCAUUUGUGUUUGAUUUCACUUCUCAGUCUGCUUCCCAUAAAUAUAACCAUGGAAAUGAAUGCCACCUCCGGAGGCUCUGAGGACCACCAUGGGAACUAUAAGCCGAGGCUGGAAAAUAGGGAUGAAGAGAGAGCUCAACAGCACACAGGAGAAGACAAAGAGGAAAGGAAGCCACCAGCUAUGGCCAAGAAAACAUGGGGUGACAUGAUGAAAGAGCUGAAAGUCUUCCUGUGGAAUCCCGAGACCAGGGAAUGUUUGGGCAGAACAGCUCACAGCUGGGGCCGAAUAUUCCUCUUUUAUCUAGUUUUUUACCUUUUCUUGGCUGGAAUGUUUGCAGCUUGUUUGUAUGGACUGGUGCUUACCCUGAGCCCAUACACACCUAAAUACAGGGAUAGAGUCUCUCCACCAGGAGUUAUGAUUAGACCGCACGUUAAACACGGAUUCAGCAUUUCCCUCAAUAUGUCAGAUCCCAAAUCGUGGCAACCUUAUGUGGAAAACUUACAGCAGUUCCUAGAAGCUUAUAAUGACAGUGUUCAAGAAAGCAAAAAUACCGUGUGCACACCUGGCAAUUAUUUCAUCCAAGACACUGGAGAAAGCACCAUGAAACAUGCUUGCCAGUUCAAGCGAUCCUUGUUAAAAAAUUGCUCAGGGCUGGAAGAUGAGACUUUUGGUUAUUCCCUGGGACAUCCGUGCAUCUUGCUAAAGAUUAACCGAAUCAUUGGCUAUCGGCCUGGUUAUGGGACUCCAGUGACAGUGGAGUGCAAAGCGCAGAAAGGUAAUGAAAGUGAUAUCCAAGCAGUGGAUUUCUAUCCAAACACCACAUUUGAUCCCAUGUACUUUCCUUACUAUGGCAAAUCAACACAUGUGAAUUACACAUCCCCGCUGGUAGCCAUACAGUUUACUGUCAUCAAGAACCAAUUAAUCCCUAUUCAAUGUCAGCUGAAUGGAGUCGGCAUAAUCAAUGAUAAGCAUAAUGACCGUUUUUUGGGACGAAUUAUUUUUUCAUUGUCUGUCACAGAAUAGACCGGAGAAACACCUGCUCCUGGGCAUUUAUUUUCCUUCUUUUUAUGGCAAUCAAAUCCUCUCUUUUAAUGGAAAAUGGAAAUUCCAAACUUGUUUUAGGGGACUACUUGAAUUUUCUUUUUUAAAACAAAACCCCAAAAUAAGGACAUUUCAUAAAAUACUGACACUAUCACUAGCCAUAACUGAUCUUGCACAAGUCAGGAGAGACGCACAAGUCAGGAGAGGAUUCUUCGUUUUUAAAAAUACACGUAAGAUAGUCCAAUUAGAUUUCCAGGGCUGCAUGACAUUCAGUUGUCGUUUAUUUCACCCCUACCCCAAAGUUCUAAAGGAACCAUAUGUACUAAUUCACCUUUACACUUUUUUCCCUGAAUUUGUUUCCUGGAUAGAAGUGAAUCAGCUGACUCCCAUUCUCAUCCCAGCAUAGUGCGCUAUGGUAGGCAUUCUUUUAGACUUCAGCAAGGGAGCCAGGAGUUUAUGUAAAUGAUUAAAAGCUCCCCUCUUGAUUUUUAAAAGUAAAAUCAGCAGCUACCUUCAGAAACUGUCACUCAAGUACAUCUAAAGUUCACUCCUGCUAAUUUUGGGCUGAUGAUAAAGACACCCAGUUCUGAAGUUACGAAAUUUUGCAAGAAUGGUUAGAGCUAGCCAUAAAGGUAGUGGUGGUGGUAAUACUUGUCAACCUAUCACAGUCUAAAACUUUUCAUGCAAUGGCAUCUAUCUAGAAGGGCACAAGUCCCAUACCCAUAUUCUGUAGUGAUAUUCAGGCUCUAUUCAAAUGCUAGUGAUGAACUACAAAAACCUAUGCCAGGGUCCAUCUUAUAUAAGAAGUUUUUUCUACUACCAUGUUUGUCAAAAGAGGGAACGGCCUCUCUAAAUAUAACUUCUGGGCACCAUGUCAGGACAGCUCUGGUGCACACAGAAAAGCAACCUGAGAGUAGCCCCUCAUUUCCCCCUGCAGACUCAUCAUAGCUCAAGAUAGGAGAUCCCAGAAAAUUCUGCAGUAUCUUUUAUUGUUCUUUUUGGCUUUUGGUAGCCAGGAUAGGGCAAGUUGUGGUUUAAUCAAUGCAAAUGAAAUUUUUGUUAACAUAUUUUUAAUUGCUGCAUAUGCUUUGGCUAGGAUGGACUACACAUCAAAAUAAGUAAAUCUCUAUCAAUGCA